AACUUCGCCUGUUAGAAUCGUGGGGCUAUUCUCAAACGAAUCUUAUAUACUAGAAAUUCCCGCGGAAGUAAACAACACAAGCUCGAAAUCUCGCGUCGCCUCCUUGCGAUCGCAUCGUGAUCGUUGCAUCCAUCGCUGGCAUGUACAGCUGCUGAUCAUGCGGCGGAAGAUUUUGCUCGCAUGAAUACAAUGACCGCUCUCCUCAAAUUUCUCUUCAGCCUCUCUUUUCUCGUUCCUCACCUCUUGGCGCAAAACCAUACGCAGUGCGUAGAUAACGGAUCAGACUGGUAUACGGGUGUCACAGGGGAGACGCCGUGCCGAACAUAUGAACGGUUACGCAAGAUAUGCAAUAGCAAUUAUGUCUUGGGAGCCUUGGGUCCCAGCAUUCCUCCCGAUACAUGCAACGACCAAGUUGCCGACUGUUGUUGCAAUUCAAUCGCGUGGGGGCUUAGUAUGCUGUGUCUGACAUGCCAGCAAGGAAUAGGGUCCAGUGGCAACGGCAUCGACGCCGGCGUCGGCGCGUACCAGCUAUAUCUUAUGCAUGGAACAAAUUCGUUCUGCGCACCAAAUACUAACAGAUCAUUGCCGAAUGACAUACAAGCAGCGGUGUGCAACAAUGACAUAAAGAUCCAUAAUACUCUCUAUGAUGUAUUUUGGGACACUGGAGCGUGGUUCUAUACGUUCACUCGGGAAUCAAUGGAGAAGGCCAACGCUGCUGAUGGAAAUAAUUCCUUCACUCAUUGCGCAUCAACAUAUCUGAACGCAACCAGUAGUCUACUAUCUCAAUCGAUGACGUCUUCACAAUCGGCCCAGUCGAGCAUGACAUCUCUUACGGAUUCCACCACCACGAGUGCCACCUCAACUUCCACCUCCUCCCAGAGAAACAGCUCAUCGAACACACUUGGUGCGGGUGCCAUAGCUGGGAUAGUGGUUGGAGGUAUCAUAUUAGCAGGAGUAAUCACGCUCUUCCUCCUCUGGUCAUGCUGGUACCGCCGACGCGGACAACCUGUUAUCGAGGACUCGGACACGACGCCCCGUCCCUUUAGUACAGUACAUUCCUCGGAUCUUUAAUUGUCAGACUAACGAAACGGUUUACAGCUCAAUCCAUGCCCAACAGUACUUCUACCACUGGGCCCAAAAAUGGAGGCCCACUGUUCACGAGAAGUCUCGUAUCGGGAGAAAGACGGCUCGGGGGGAAACGACAGAGAGAACUACCGCCUGAUUAUACAGAA